UUCAGGAUGGGUCUCAUUCAGAGCGUGUUUGCUACACAGGGCGGAUAUCAUGUACAUGGGAUUCAGGAGAAUUCUCCAGCAGAGAGAGCCGGUCUGGAGCCCUUCUUUGAUUUUAUUCUGUCAAUUGGACACACAAGACUGAAUAAAGAGAGCAGCACGCUGAAGGAGCUCCUGAAGGCUAAUGUGGAGAAGCCGGUGAAGCUGCAGGUUUACAGCAGUAAAGUGAUGAGGGUUCGAGAGCUGGAGCUGGUUCCCAGUAACCUGUGGGGUGGUCAGGGGCUCCUGGGGGCCAGUGUGCGCUUCUGCAGCUUCCAGGGGGCCGAUCAAUACGUCUGGCACGUGCUGGAUGUAGAAGUGAAUUCUCCAGCUGAACUGGCGGGACUGAAGCCUCAUUCGGAUUAUAUUAUUGGAGCAGAUCAGGUUCUACAAGAAUCGGAGGACUUUUUCUCGCUGAUCGAGGCAUGUGAAGGUAAAUCACUGAAGCUUCUGGUCUACAACACACAGACUGACCGCUGUCGAGAAGUGCUCAUCACUCCGAACGCAGCCUGGGGUGGAAACGGCAGUCUUGGCUGUGACGUCGGGUUCGGAUACCUGCAUCGCAUCCCCAUGUGUCCAGUCACAUCAGAUCAACACCACAACACACCUGAACAGCAGGAAAACAAGCACUGCUCUGAGCUGCUUCUAGUGAACUCGACUGACGGUGAGGAGAAAGGAGACGCUCAUGAUGGAUCCGUUCGGGACACUUGUGAAGAUUCAGAUCGUUGUGAAACAUCUCCUGCUGUGGAUCUCUCUGAAUGUUUAGAUUCAUCUGCUUCCCUUCCAGACGCCUCUACUUCCUCUCUGAAAGAUGAUGAUGAGUCUAUUAACAAACCGAGGAUCAGCUCUUCAGUCCUGCUGGAGGAUUCAGGGAUCUGCGAUACUCAAACACCACCUGAAAUCAUAAAUACAACACCAAAGCAUGACAAGACUGGCAAAUGUACACAGAAAACGCACACAUAAUCAUGUGCUGUGCCUCAGGUGUGUGUGUGUGUGUGUGUGUGUGUGUGUGUGUUCUCAGGGUUUCUUUCACAGAAAUAGUUCAGCUGCUUGAAAUGUUUUACCUGUGGAGUAAUAUAAUAUGUAUAA